AUGAAGAAAACUGCACAACUCGCCAGACAAAUGAUCAAAGCCAUCGGAUGUGCCAACGGAUUGGCAGGCAGACAACUUGGUUGUGAGAAUGCAGUAGAAGUCAUCAAAGCUUCUCCAUAUUUUACAAAUGUUCAACAGAGAAUUCCACUGGAAUGGGGAAAGAUAAUCGAGGAGGUUAACACUGGAAGACACGCCAGCGCACUUUCAGGAGUCACACAGACAUGCAGACAAUUGGCACACGAAACUCGACAGGUGAUUGAGAACAAGGAUGAGCUUCUUGUUUUUGGAGGAGACCACAGCUGUGCGAUUGGAACCUGGAGUGGUGUUGCAACUGCAAUGAGGCCACAUGGCGACAUUGGACUCAUCUGGGUGGACGCUCACAUGGAUGCCCACACACCGGACACAAGUGACACAGGAAACAUCCACGGUAUGCCAGUAGCGCAUCUUCUCGGUUUCGGUGACAAGAAUCUGGUGAGAAUCGGAGAUCGCAUGCCUAAACUUCUUCCUCACAAUCUGUGUAUGGUUGGAAUCAGGGACUACGAAUCGGCAGAACAGGAACUUCUCGAGAGACUUGGCGUCAGAAUCUUCUACGCAAACGAAGUUGAGAAGAGAGGAAUUCAAGAUGUGAUGCAAGAAGCACAGUAUCUUGUGACAAGAAACACAAUCGGAUAUGGACUAUCAAUUGAUCUUGAUGGUUUUGACGUAUCGUAUGCUCCAGCAGUUGGAACCCCAUCUGCUGAUGGAAUCAAUGCUUUGGAAUUCAUCAAGGCUCUUUUGACAAUCGACUUGACCAAACUUAUUGCCACGGAAAUUGUGGAAUUCCUUCCAAGAUUCGAUGACAACCAGAGAACCAGUGAACAACUUGUGUCAAGUCUUGUUGAGUACAUUUAUAAGACGAAACAAUUCCAAAUCAAUUCGGUGAACGAAAUUGCUGCACGUGUUAACAACAAUUUUUUCAAAACAUUUUCAUUCAAGAUGGCUCGAUUGGAAUGUAAGAUUUGUACACUGGAGUAUAAAACCAAUAUUGCGAAGCUGACUCCUCGAAUUUUGACAAAAUGUGGCCACACUUUAUGCGAAAGCUGUUGCGAAAUACUUUCCAAUCAAAACGAAACCAAGGACUUGAUAUGUCCGUUUGAUCGAAAAAUGACUAAAAUAAACCGCAAUGUGCAAGAAUUAAUGAAAAACUUCGCAAUAACCGAAUAUAUUGAUGAGUUAAGCCAAACUGGU